AGUCCAAAAUUGCAAUAAUGAUUAAAAUUUGGUACACUUUUGUUAAUAUCUAUUUUUUUCAAAGGUGAUGAUGCUGUUGCGGGUAAGGUAGCUCAGAUUGUAGGGGUUCCAUUCCAUCUAUGUCAUGGAGACCCUUUCAAGGUUUACAUUACCCCCCACUUGUUCCAGCCUUCAGUUCCCAAAAAUCUCUGCAUUAUCUCGUUUCCCAAAUGCUAUUUCCACAACCACUCCACUGGUUUCAGUGCUAAGAGUAAGAGCUGGUCCUCCUUCAGUGAGUAGUGCCGAUGAGGAUGUCCUGCAAAUAUUUUUUAAGGAGAGAGAAUUAAAUGGUGAUUUUAUAUCAAGAACUUCUGAUUUAUUAUGGAGAAGAAAUUUCAGAAACUCUGGUGAUUAUGACAUUGACACGCUGACAAAUAAUACUUCUCAAGAAACAGAGCAGAUCACGGGAACUGACAAUGAUGGCGGUUUUUUGAAACUUACAAAAACCCAAGAGUGGUUAACAGGCGACAAUUCUCCUCCAAUAAACAAGAAGGUGACUGCUAAGAUGUUGCAGGACAGCAGCGCAAGGCGCAAGAAACUGAACAUGCUCAAGUAUGAAUCUCUCAAGAGGGAAUUACUACUUCUAUCUGUGGGUAUUGGAUUGGCAUGUAGUGGAUAUUGCUUGGUAAUUUUUUCAGUACAGGCUGCUAUAAGUUACGGGAUCGGAGUACUUUUCAGUUGCUUGUACCUUCAACUCUUGUAUCAACAUGCAGACAACAUAUCCAAUGAAAAUGUUCCUCAAAUAUUCAAGAAAAAGAAAUCAAAGAAAAUUGGUAUAAGAAGUGAGGACCUUGAAGAUUUCUUGGAGAGGUCAAUCAAGGGUAGCAGUAUAUCACUUUCAUCUCCCAGGCUUGUUAUUCCAGCAACAAUAUAUGGACUUUGGGUCCUGUUUCAUCAAUAUUUUCACAAUGACUUUUUUGAUUUCCAGCUUGUGCCAGCCAUGUUCGGAAUGUUUGUCUACAAGGCUGGUGUUCUGGUGCAAGUUUAUAGAGACAAUGAAGGCUUGCGGUUUGUGUUUCCAGAAAAUGAAGAUGGAUCAAGCGAUUGAAGUAUUUAUUUUCGUAUGCUCAGCACUCAGCAGAGUACAGGACUCAGUACUCACUUUUACUUGGAACAUUGGAAAUGCUUAGCUGCACCCUUAACUGAGCACUACUGAUCACCAGGUUACAACCCUUCACUACAUUCAUCUUGAAUUUUAGAACGAUGAUGCUAUUUCAUUACAGUAAAUAGUAAAGAGUGUAUCAAUAUCUUGUUCUUGAAGCUAACAUUUGUUGACUGUUGAAAGUUAUAAGCUAAAAUAUUACAUGCACUUUCAUUCA